CUAUUUAUCUUGAAGCUGUCAGGUGAUCACAUUCCAUUUACAACCAUGUUUGACAGGUAGUAAGAAGAAAAAAUAGUUUUAUUUAAGUCUUAUAAGCACGAACAAUGGAUCCUCAUUCUAGUGCCCAGGAUUUGCAUCGAUGUGACCUUUGUGAGACUGCCAUUGUACAUAGCUACUGUGACUUUGUCAUGUCAACCUCUGUAAGCCUUGUAUACUAGAUCACAUCUUGGAUGAAUAUGACAAACAUAAAAUUGUACCAUUCAAACAACGAAGGUCAACACUCAUUUAUCCGAAAUGUGAAGCACAUUAACAGGAAACAUGCAAAUAUCAAUGCAAAGAUUGUAAGAACACAUAUGUUUGUUCCUCUUGUAUUGCAUCUGAACAACACAGGGGCCAUAUAUUUGAAGAAAUUACAAAUAUUUACAAGAUAAAGAAAGAGUCUAUUGAAAAGGAUAGAGAGAAGUUAGAAAAUCUAAUUACUCCUCAGUACAAAGAAAUUGCUCUCGACUUGGAAAAUCAGCUUGCUAACCUGGAUGGAGGAUAUGAGAAACUGACAAAGGAAAUGUCUAGGUUGAAGGACGAAUGGCAUAGAGAAAUCGACAUCGUUAUUAACAAAAUGAAAACUGAAAUCGAUGAGAUAAAGACUAAACACGAAGACAUUUUGAAAAAACAUUUGGAUGAAGUAUUACAGACACAGUCUUUCAUCAAGCAAACGUUAGUGGCUUUAAGGGAAAUGGAGAAAUCCACUGAAAUAUCCCCAACCAUUGAAUACCGCUCAAAUGUCGAAAUGUUGAGCAAACAUCUAGACAAGAUUUGCAUUACUAUGCCAACAUUCAUUCCAAAACCAAUCGACAGAACCAAGUUAUUUAGUAUGUUUGGAGUGAUUACUCCUUUAUCUACUACCAAAGAGGAGAACGUCUUGUCACUAAACCAGUCAAUCGCUUCAAUCAGAGAACUACUGGAUGAACCGGAGCUUGUUGCCACAAUACAGACUGGGUAUGGGUAUCUACGCAGUGUAACCUGUCUAAAUGAAAACAGUAUAUGGACGAGUAGAGAGACCAGUGAUAUCAAAUGCUUCGACGUUGAGGGUACACUACUCAAAACAAUCAAAACAAGAUCUGGAGAAUGGCUAAGGGAUAUAGCUGUAGAUAGUAAUGGGGAUUUACUGUAUUGUGACUGGGGAAAUAGGACAGUGUGUAGAGUAAAGAAUGGACGUAUAGAAGAGUUGAUCAUAUUACAGGGAUGGAGGCCAAGUAAAUUGUGUAUUUCCAAUUUUGGUGAUAUCCUUGUUUCCAUGACCAGUAUUAAUGAAACUCAAUCCAAAGUUAUCUGUUACUCAUUUGCUACAGAGAAACAAACAAUUCAAUAUGAUGACAAAGGUAAACCUCUGUAUUCAGGGAAUAGUUAUCCUAAAUACAUCACUGAAAACAGAAACCAUGACAUCUGUGUAGCUGAUAGUGAGGCUAGAGCAGUAGUUGUUGUGAAUCAGGUCGGUAAACUCCAAUUUCGUUAUGUUGGUCAUCCCUCUUUUACCAAGAAAAAUCCAUUUUUACCCCGUGGUAUCACAACAGACAGUCAAAGUCGUAUUCUGACAACGGAUUCCGACAACCAUUGUAUCCACAUUCUGGAUAAGAAAGGACAGUUUCUCCGAUACAUUGAUAACUGUGAUCUGAAUUAUCCUUUUGGUUUAUGUGUAGACAAAAAUGACAAUCUGUUUGUUUGUGAGCAUUUCAAGGGAAAUGUACAGAAAAUCAAAUAUUCAAUAUAGACAAUAAAUUGUAACGAUGUUUUAAAACAAAACACUUAUGUUUUUCCUCUAUACAUUGAUUUUUCUCAAAUCUCAAAUUUUGGUUCAUUGUCCUUUGUCAUUGGAUAGUAUUCGAUUAUUUUUUUUUUGUUUCUACUAUUGUUUUUUUUU